AUGGAACUAUUUAAUAAGCUUGAAAGUCUCAAGGCCGGAUUUGUGAAGCAGUCUCAAGUAGAUGGCGAUUUGCAUGAUACUGAGGCUAUGUCUGACUCUGACUCUGAACCUGUUGAGACACAGCCUAUACUAAGUAAGCAAUCGGAGUUUCAAUUUGAUCAAUUGAGUAUAUUUCAGAAUCAGUCCAAAGAAAAUGGAAUCGCUUUAGAGACUCAGGAGAUUCAGACUGAAGAUAAAUUUGAGCCUGGUCGUCCCGAUUUCAGUGCGUUGGGGCUAGAUUCAGGUGUUCUUGAUAGUAUAAUGAAUAGAUUGAAAGGAGAACGUGUGAUUGAAAGCACUCAGAAAGUGGAGAAGACUCAACCCAAAGAGGUUUCAGAAAUUACACAACACAUAGAAAAUUCCCAACAGGUUGAAGAAGUAUCUACAGAAGUCAUACCGUCGGAAGUGGUAGAGAAGUCACAGCCGUUGGAAAGCACCCAAGCACUUUCAGCAGAUGAUGACGAUAUUGUGGUGAAGCACAGGCGUCUUGUUCAGAUUCCGGAAGUGGAAGAGGAUGAUUCCCAGGAUCCCGAGGCUGAUAUUUCAAUAGAAAAUUAUAAGAAUAUGACGCGUGAACAGAAAAUCGAGGCCAGAAUUCAUCAAAAGGAGAUGCUUCGAGAGAAGGCUGCACAAAAGCAAUUGGACGAAGCCAAGCUUAAGGAGGAGGAGGAUAAAACGGCUGGAGUUCCAACAGUUGUCACACAUGUCCAUAAAUCGAAGAAAACUGCUGAACUGGAGAAACUAGCAGAUGCCGUGAAACAAAACGAACUUAUUAGAAAGUCGAAUUAUGUUGUAAGGAAAUCAGAUAAGUCUAAGUUUGCACCCGCAAAACUUCUUGAGAAGUUUAACAUGGACUCUGAUAGUAGUGGGAAUGAGGAGGAGCGGUUAUUCUCUAACGAUAAUCAUAUGACGCCUCUGUCGUCUCCCAAGGAAAUAUCUAAGCCUGAAAAGCCAAGAUUCAGUCUUCCUCUUGGGAAAUAUACGGAAAAACUUCGUCAGGAAGCCGAUAAUAAGAAGAUGAUGAUUUGUUUGGAUUCUGAAACUGAGGAUUCCGCCUCUGAGUCGCCAAUGGAAGCUCAGGUUGAUAAGAAAAAAGUGUUUGAUAUGAAGAGAAGAAUGUCUAGAAAACGAAAGGGUUUGAAACCAAAGAAGAAAACGAUUAAGAAUCUGAUUCGUGAAGAGACUUUAAAGCAGAUGAAGAAGUUUGUUAAAGAAAGACGAGAAAGAGACAUGCCUGAGCAAAAACAGAAUGUUUCAGAUGAAAAGGAAAUCAUGAAGAUGAUGAAGGAGGAAAGUGAGAGAAAUAAAAUGAUUGCACAGAGAGAAAGGGAGAAAGAGGAGAGAACUAAGAUGAUUUUAGAAGGAAAUUUGCCGAUUGACGAUGAGCUGGAUGAAAGUGAAGACGAAAAUGAAGAAGCAGACGAGGAAGAAGAAGAAGAAGAAGAGGAAGAUCCGCCGGAAGAGAAUGUUUCAGUUACAAACGAAACUCAGGUUACUACUGGAAACGAGUCUCAUAUAAGUUUUCAGCCCGAAAACGGUUCAGUAAAUCAUUUUAAAGACAUGAAGAUGUCAUUCUCUGACAUGUUUGACCAAACUUUACCUCAAAAUAAGUCUUUUGAUGGUCUAAAGGGAGUUGAGGUGGUGAGAAAGCUGCAGAGUAUUCAGAACAAAACCGGAGACACACCAGAUGUUUCAUUUCGUGAUGAUUCAAAUACUUCUGACUGGCUCGGUAGCAAGGCUAACAUUUCAAAUGUGUCAUUUAGCAUUAUCGAGCCUGAGGCACCCGUUACUGAAACGAAAGAAGAGUCACAACUUGUGGAGGAGAAGAAGAGAUUGUUAGACUCUCAAAACUUUUUACCAAAAACGCAGGCUGAUGAUGAUGAGGAUAGUCAAGAUGAGGGCAGUGACGAAGGAGAUGGAGACGAAAGAGAUGGAGAAAUAAAUAACGGUGUGGGGCUAAGACGUCGAAAACUUCGUGAAGCAUCUGCUAUCAACCUUGAGGAAGGUAAAGACAUAGUUUCAUCUGAUAAUGACGAAGAAGUUGUGUAUGAGGAUGAUGAAACUCGGAAAUUACGUCUAAUGAGAAUGGAGGAAGCUAAAAGAGGAGAGAAAGAACGUAUGCAUGCACUUCAUUUGGAAUUUAAAGAGGCUGGUAUGGCAGAAAUUUUGGAGAAUGAGGCUGUUGAAUCUGAAGAUGAAUGGCAAGGUAUUGGAGGAGCUGACGGCGAAAGAUCGGACCAAGAGAAUAGUGAAGAUGAGAAGAUGUUAGAUGAUUCCACAAAGAUUGUUGUUGACGAAGAUCGGAUCCGUGCAAACUUAGCCCAGCAUGAUAUCCAAGCAGAUGAUGAGAUGGUGAAGAAGAUUUACAGAGACUUAAAGACAGGAGCUUUCAGAAAGAGACGGGCUCAUGACGGAGCCUACGAAUUGGACCUCGAUGAUGAUGAGGAUGAUUAUAUGAGAGAGUUCUACGAGCACAGGAAAAAGGAGUACUUGCAGAAGCAGUAUCAGAAAGAUGCCAGUUUAAGGCAGUUGUCGAAGAAUCAGAGUUGUCGAGCAUUUUACGAGACCAUUGCAACAGAUUCCGCUAAAUCGUCCUCGUUCGCUUUUGAAGAUAUCAUGGAUGAAGAGGAGAAAAAAUGUGAUGAUCCUUUCCGAGAUGAUGACGAGGAUGAGGUUGCAAAGCAGCAUAAAGACGUUGGAAGCAAUGAUGAGAGUGAUGACAAUGAGGAGCUGUUGAUCAGACCGAAGAAGAAAAGAAGGCUUACUGCUGCUCAGGUACGGUCGAUGAUCUCUUUCUUAGACGACGAUGAAAAUGAGGGAGGGCAUGAGGAAGAAAUUCCGGGUCUAGGUUCGGAUGAUGGUGUUGAAGAGAUACGAUACAUCAAGGAGCAUUCCAGGGUGAAGGUUCGUCAGCUUGUUGCUCCAGGAAAGAAGCCCAUGAAGAAGCAUUCUUCGAAGAAAGAUGCUAUGGACCUUGAAUCUACUCAAGAAACUGGCGGUGAAAAUUCUGGAGAUACAAACACUCAGCCUAUUGAUGACGACAUUGAUGGAGGUAUGAGUCUUUUAGCCUCAAGAGAACGAUCUGUGGCUGCCUCCUUUCGUCACCAGGCUAAAAGGAACAUUAGAUACAGUACUACUACGGGUCAUGAGGUUCAUGAAGUGACUGUUACUGUGGGGUCACGGCCAACUAUGCAUACUAAGGGGUCUGUGACGGUGCUGGCAGCACAUGAGUCUUACCUGAAAAAUGAGUUCCAAUUAAACAGCAAAGCUGCCAAGAUCCGGAAGACGGUCGAGUCUGCCAGAACCCACAGCGGACUAAGAAGAAUAUACGACUCCAUAGAAGGAUUCGAUGAAUAG